AGUUGCAAGUCAUAUAUCAUAUAUGUAAUUCAGAAAGAACAGUCUGGCGUAUUUGCCUUCCAGUCUUAUAUGCUUCUUUAUUGACUUCUCGACUUCUUCCUAGCUAAACGCCACACUGCUGUUCAGAAUUGCCCUCAAUCUUUGCAACCCCAGAUCUAAAUUCCCCUAUAUUACUACUUCAAUCAAAAGCCAACGAAUCGAGUACCUACCCAGUUACCUGCGUUCCAUGGCGGCUCGCCCACCCCCCUACCUGAAACUACCCAACGAGCUAUGGGAUAUCAUAUUCUCAUACGGAUUCGUCCGGAAGGACUUCCUCAUGCUCAGUACUAUCAACAAAGCAUUCAACAGGGCCGUCGAGCCUUCGCUAUACUCCAGUUUCACCUGGGUACCCAAACCUUCUGUUGGGAUGCCCUUUCUAAGUAAUUUGAGAAACCAUAAUAUUCGAUCAUUGACAAGGAGUAAGCGGAAACGUAGGACUGAAUUACCUACAGGGUAUUUUGUCCAACAGCCGCCGUAUUUGCUUCUCAGAUCAAUUCUUGAGCAGCCGAGACGAGCUGGGUACUUGAAGAAGGUCAAGCUGCUGUCGCCUUCUCCUGAUUAUGGACUCUUCUGGGAUACGUACCAAGCGCGAGAAUGUGGAUUCAGCGAUGAAUAUUUUGAGGCUUGCAAGAAAAGCAUUGAGCUUCUCCCCUCCGCCCAGCAAAGCUACUGGAUCGAUGGCCUCUACAAAGGCAGACUAGACGUCAUUGUCGGUCUGCUACUCUUGAGACUAUCUGGUCUAACACACAUCGAUAUCCGGCUACGAGAUACUUCUGUUAUUGGGAGUACGGUAUUCGAAGCGCUACGUUUGCCUUCUGUAACUGGUCCUAAUUACUAUCGAUAUCCUAAUGUCCAGUGCGUUAUGUUUUCUGUCGAUCGUGCGGAUCAUUUACCCCAGCGGACAGUUCAUCAGCACCAUAUCGAGGAUAUUUUUGAUGCCUAUCAACCUGUUCCAGACAUAUUGAAGUUUCAAAAGCUCGAGUCACUAUCGCUCACCUUCUGCUCACCUGGGACCUUUUGGCAGGGCAAAUUUGCCGUUGCCUUAAAUCUCCGAAAGCUGUCCCUAAGACAUGGACACAUAAACGAGCACAUCUUGCAGACUUUCCUCGCCGCAACUCCUCUUCUCGAAGAACUCGAUUGCGAGUUAGUCUACGAUGAUGGAGUACAACAGUAUCUUGAUUGCAAUGUCCUCAAGUCCGCGCUCAGUUUAGUCAGUAAGAGUUUGAAGCGGUUGGUCAUUGACAUUACGACCAUUUUUGGCAAUGACUGGAAUCCCAUCCCAUGGAACAUUCAGAAUUAUAUGGGAAGUUUGAAGGCUUUUGAGCAGCUCAGAUAUUUGGACAUCCCACUUAUCCUCUACACCACAGAGAUAUGGGAAGCGUCGCAAGCUGCGUCUUUAGUGUCUUUCGAUGACAGACAGGUCGACUACUGGAGUGAUCGUAUGCCUGAUAGCUUGGAGUGGUUUGGAAUCAGGGCUUCUGGGCCGAAUGGUUCGACUUAUCAGCAGCAAUAUGAAGCUGAGAGGUGUGCUGAGGUUUAUUUGAGGCUGAAUCCUGCAGUGAAGAAGAUCGUUAGGGUCUUUGAUAUGGAUGAUAGUGAUGAUGAGGACUGGCCUGAAGUGAUAUGAUGUUCCAGGCUUCAUUAAAU